CUUGCUUUCUUCUUCAAGGUUCCUUCUUCUGAGAAAACCUUAUUCGCGAUUCACCUCCUUGAAUCGCAAGAAAUUCUGAAGCGGUUUUUGUCUGUUGUUUUUAUUCCGAACAAAUAUGGAGGAUUACUUGCAGUAUAUGAAGGCCUUGCGCUUUCAAAUGAACGAUGUUGAGGAUCAAGCGGCGAAGAUUUCUGCGGAGGAGGAAAGGCAGUCGACUAAUGCCCGCACUUUGGAAAAAGACAUCGAGUCAGCAAAAUCUGAAAUGAGGCAGCUCAGAGAAGAUAUUGAAACGAUAAGGAAGGCAAAGGGUGAGAUAUGCUCCAAAAUUUUGGAAAAACAGAGAAAGGUUUCCUCUUUGGAGUCUGACUCAUCUACACUUAACCAGACUCUUGAACUUAUUCAGCAAGAGAGACUUGGGUUAUCUACCAAACUUGAAGAGAAGAGAGCUUUCUACAGAAUGGUCGAAGAGGAUAUGAAUGCCCGAUUACUGCAACAACAGGAAUGGAUUAGUUCUAAGAAAAAGGGCAGACAAGGAAAGGAGCAUGAAUUGGUGAAGGAUAUAGGUGAUGGACAAAGGGGCAUAUCUGCAGGGGAGGCAAAUGCUGACAACGACUUUAUGAUGGAUCAUUUGGCGAGUGAUGCAAUGAAGAGAUUAAGGACCCAGUUGGAUUCAGCUAAAGCAAGGCUUGAUGAGAUUUUACUUCUGAAAUCCAAUCUUGUUGCAGAGAAUAGCAGGAUGACACAAGCUACGGAGGAUAUGAAGAACAGAACAAAUACUUAUAAGUCAGAGCUGAAAGAAGCAGACAUAACAACUCUUGAAGACGAAUAUAAUGCCCUCAUGUCUGACAAAGCUGGAGAAAUCGAGUACCUCAAGUCUUUGGAGGAACAAGUUCAGAAACUCAAGGAAAUCCGUCACGUCGUGAAAUGUGCUUGUGGGGAGGAAUAUCUAGUGGCAGUGAGUAGGUGAAUAGAAUACAAAAGAAAAUGAAACUUCAACAGCAAGUGAAAUGAGCCUCAAUUGUUUAAAGUGCUCGAAUAGAAGAUAAUUUUCCAGUUUUGUUUGAGCAUUCCUUGUGCUUCUGUUCUGUGUUUCACAAAUUACAAGUCUUUCAUAUGAAAUAUAUCGCAGUUAUGCAUCUACAGAGUAAUGCUUGUGUUUAAGGUUA